GUGUUCCAUAAAAACCCAUUUGUUUAUGGCAAGGAAGCUGUUUCCAUCACCACGGACGUGGCGUCAUUUCAGGUCGAUGACACUAUCGACAUAGACGUCAAGUUACCUAAUAGAGGAACGCCUGUUUUUAAAGACUACAUACCUCUGAUUAAUCCGAGACUUCCCGAUAAAUUUAUUCAUUUUACAUUCGAGGUCAAAAAUGACCAGGACGCCGCCAUUGUGUACAUAAAACCUCACAACAUGGAUCUCAGUGGCGCCAAUUCCUCGAUGACGCUGUACAAGUUGUACAUUCGCUCUGAUACCCAUCCCACGUCUCUGAUAUUUGACUUUAAACAUUCUGUUUCAGUCCUUGACAAUACCAAACAUGGCUUUAAAAUCUUCAUUCCUGCUGGUAGAUGCAAGAAAGGCAAUUGCUAUAUGGCACUGGAACCGGAAGAAGUGUCAACCACUGAAGGCGCCACGAGUAGGAGGAAAAGAUCCACAACGACACAUAACGGCACGGUGGUGGAAAUCCUGCCGGGUCAGGCUAAUUUCAGCAUGGCCAUAUUCACAGCAGCCUGUCGAUCAUGGAACAUGUCUGACAAUUCCUGGGACACUCAAAAAUGUCAAAUUCUUCCAAUGAGUGAUAUGCAAGAGACAGUGUGCCGCUGUGUUGGAAAUGUCUUUUCGUCCACCUUUCACAUUCCUGCAAACACCAUCAAUUUCUUGAAUGUCUGGGACAAAUUUGACGUGAAGAACGCCUCUGUCUAUGCCUCAGUCGUAGCUAUCCUUGUUCUGUAUGUGGUGUUGGUAUUUAUCCUGAGACGGGCAGACAGAAAGGAUGCAGAAAAGUGGGCAAUACGUUUUCUUUGUGACCAUGACCACGAGGACAGCUAUUUUUACGCGAUGACCGUGCACACAGGUUUCUGUAUUGACGGGGGAACACACUCCAAUGUCAAUUUUAUUCUCGGGGGAAAUCUCUGCUGUUCAAACGUCCGAAUUCUAAGUGACGGGAUCAAGAAGGGUUUUGAUGUCGCUAGUGUCAACAGAUUCGUAUUCGGAACGAACGAACCCCUAGGAGAACUGAAUUAUCUACGAAUCUGGCACGAUAAUUCAGGGAAGGAUUGGUAUCUUUGUAGGAUAGAAAUAGAUGAUAUCCUGUCAAACAAAAGAUAUGUCUUCGUGUGCGACAAUUGGUUAUCUGUUGAGAAAGAAGAUGGAGCUUUGGAAAGGGUCCUUGUAGUUUCAGAUAAAAAAGACCUGAUGUCAUUCAAAUCAAUUUUUCCCCAUCAUUCCAAAAUGAACUUUCUCGAGGAGCACCUGUGGAUGUCUCUGUUAUAUCGGCCUAUGAAAAGCAAUUUUACACGGGUUCAGAGAUUGUCGUGUCUGCUUGCCCUGCUUUUUCUGACAAUGAUAACCAACGCAAUGUUCUUUCGCUCCUCCGACGAGACCUCAGAUGUGCAGCAAGUUCAAGUGGGAACUUUUAAAUUUUCCUACAGCUUGUUGUAUGUAUCAUUGGUGGGAAUUCUUAUAACUACACCACCAGUUUUAGUCAUGACCAUUCUAUUUAAAAAGAGAAAAUGUGCAUCGAAAAGUUCGUGUGAGAAGCAAACUGAGACAAAGAAAUUUCCUGAGAAAUACGAGCAUAGUACUGAUGAUGUCUUGAACGAUGUGUUCGUGAAGAAAGAAUUUUUGUUUCCGUAUUGGACAGUGUAUAUCGCCUGGGCGUUGAUUGUCCUGUCUGUUUCUGCAUCCGGAUUCUUUCUUGUCCUAUACAGCAUGGAAUGGGGGACGUCCAAAUCAGAGGAGUGGUUAUACUCCUUUUAUCUUUCCUUUUUUGAGUCGGUCAUUUUCAUUGAUCCCAUUAAGGCUGUUUUGGUGGCCCUCCUGUUUGCCACACUACUGAAGAAAUUGUCUGUUGAAAAGCAACCCAGUGUAAACCUCCAACAGUUACAGAAACUAUCAUUUCAACAUCACAACACAGAUCAGGACAAGUUUAGAGUAUUGAUGAACGAAUUAAUCAAGAAGGACCCGCCCACAGAGGAAAACAUACAAUACAUGAGACGGAAGUGGAGGGAGCAGAACGAGGCGAAGCUGGCCUUCCGUCGAACAGUAACCUUCCUUCUCUUCAUGCUGGUCAUAUUCACCAUCAGCUUCCAUGAGAGAGACACACGCGCGUUUGCCCUGAAGUCCAAUGUUGAGAAUUAUGUUCUUGCGGAUGGUUACGGACAGUUUGGAUUUGUUGCUAUUAAUGAGACAAAAUAUUUCUUCGACUGGAUGAAAAAGACCCUUAUUUCGGCUUUAUAUCCGGAAACAACCUAUAAUAGCGGAGAUCUUGGAGUAAGGGAGCGACGGUGGUUUGGUGAUCAAACCAGUAUCAGGGUUGGGCCUCCAAGGAUUCGUCAAGUUCGCAUGAAGAGGAAGCCUUGCAUGUACAAUAUGUUAACAUACCCUUAUACGUGUAUCCCUGGGUACAGCGAACGAGAAGAAGAUACUGAAUAUUACUGCCUUGGCUGGAAGACAUAUAUUAACGAAACCCAAUGCGACAUGGGGACAUACAGACAGACACACUAUACUGCCGAUUCUUGGCACUACACCCACGCAGAGGAAAUCUGGGGGGUGUCAAGGACAGGUGAACUUCGUACCUACAGUGGAGGGGGAUACAUAAUCAAAAUGGGAAACGAAAAGAAAAAUGCACUUGAUUUAGUUGAGGAAAUGUUAACUUUAAGCUGGAUUGAUCGAAGAACGAGGGCUGUCUUUGUCGAGUUUACAAUUUUUAAUCCGAAUGUAAAUCUGUUUGUUUAUGCACUUUUUCUGCUGGAAAUUCCUGAAUCAGGAGGUGUGUUAACAUGGACAGAUAUACAGGCAUUCCGUGCGUUUAUGUCAGUUGGUCAAUUUGGAACAAUAAUCAUUCUGUGCUACAUUUUCUUCAGUGUGUAUUUUAUUGUCGUCUCUGUUCAGCUCGGCAUCAAAAUGUAUUCAUCAGGGAUUCGCUCCUUUUUCCAUCAGCCCUGGAAUGUUGUAGAUAUUUUGUGUACUAUACUAGGCUACCUAGCUGUGGUUCUCUAUAUAGUCCGCUACAUUUAUGCCAAAUUGGCUUCAGAAAUGUUUUACGACGAUCAGCUGACAGGAACCAACAGGUUCAUCAAUUUCAGUCACAUUGUCAUUUGGGAUAGUGUCUUCAUCGCUGUAUUUGGUUGUUUACUGUUUGUUAGUGUCAUAAAAGCAUUCAGAAUUUUGGGAUAUAACAAACGUUUCACACAAAUCAUGUCAGUCCUCGUUGAUGCCUGGAAUGAUAUCAUCGGUUUUAUCAUCGUUUUUUCGCUUGUAUUCUUCGCUUUCGUUGCGUUUGGUUAUCUUCUGUUUGGGUCCAAACUGGAAGAUUAUCGCAGCUUUCUCAGAACGUGUGGAAGUUUAACCAACAGUUUUAUCGGGAAGAAUAAACUAGAUAAACUAGUGAGAGCGUCUCCCAACGCCGCCCAGUUCUUCUACUUUUCCUACAUUGGCUGUGUGAUUAUGACCUUGAUGACGAUAUUUAUUGCCAUUCUCAACAAAAGUAUAUCUCUUGUAAAAUCCCAGACAACGUCUUCUCCAGCGGUAUUUGGAAUAUCAGACUUCCUCCAACAGCUAGGAAACAAAGCACGCAGCAUGUUCGGGUUUUCAAAACGGAUGUCAUCACAAAACUUAGAGACACAUAGGAAGAUGUAUGCCCAGUCAUCAGAAGGCUUUAUGACAACAAACGUCGUGCGUUUGAUGAGAAGCAUACUGGACAACAACGAAUAUCCCGACACCCAGAAGCAGCAUCCACAGGCACCUUCAAAUGAUAUUGAUGACGUGGAUAUUAUCUUUGACAACAGAAAGCUUACGAAAACUAGGACACGUGUAAAAAAGGAUCUCCUCUAUAACGUAUUAGGCGUUAGAGGACACGAGAUUUCAGAAAAUGGUUUUGAUGAUAUUCUGACCAAAAAAACGCUGGGGACCGCUCCAGUUCGGAAGCGAAUAAUACAAAACAUGUUUGGUAUACAGGGAUGCGAGGCUCCGGGCAAGACGUUUCAUCACUUCGACGAUAUUCUCUCAAUGAAAGUGAAGAACGAACGAAAAACUCUGGUACAGAAGAGGAUAAUCCAUGACGUGAUAGGCAUUCCCAACGUCACUCUCACGGACACGACAGUAGAUAAAUGACUGCAUUUUUAAAUCGCUGACAACUGUUGUGUUGCGACGAUUGCUAUCAUGAAGUGCAUGAUAAUACAUUGUUUCCGAAAAAUACCUGACUAUUUAUAUUUACCAAAAGUUCGAACUGAAUACCGUAUUUAUAAGUAAAAUUUUUAGCAAGGAUUUGAUUUUGGCUUUGAUAGACCCAGUGCUGAGAUCACUAAAAUUGAAUAUCGCUUACAAUUUAUUCCAUAUCAGAGGUAAUAGCUACAUGUAUGUUUGUUGGAAUUAUAAAGUCGCUCUCGCUAAAUACAUAGACCCCUAAUUUAUGGACAAAUCGCUAAAUUUGCGGGCCGCUAAAAUAUCACUUACACGGCAAUAUCAAGUCUUGUAUGGUAUAUUCCACAAUAUUGCCCGAGUCUGUCAGAAGCUGUGGUUCUAUUACAUCUUUUAAAUCAGCAUAUUUGCAGCAUUGCAACUCAAACAAGUGAUAUAUAGAUAUGUAUGUUUAUUUUUUCCCAGUGAUAUCGUGUGCAUAUUUUAUGUAUACAUGUAUAUGUUGUAUAUUAUAUUAUCUAUUUUUCUAUUCUCUCAUUUCUCUGUCUGUGAAUAUGUUUUAUACAGGACCACAAUGUAAACUAGUCAUUUGAUACUAAUUGUACUAUCCUGUCUAAAUAAAGAAAUUAUUACUGUUAUCCAUCUAUAGAGUUUGAGUUAUUAAAUCAUUUCAUUAAAAAGAUGAUCAACGACAUGUGUCAAUUUUCACUGCAAAUAAUUGUAAAUAAAAAAAACUUAUCGACA